UAGAUCGUCAAUGUUCAACAUUCUUCAGCUUCCUAAUUACAGCUACUUCGUUGCUAUCAAUUUGUGUUUUUUUCUUAAAUUCGAAGCAAAAAUUGUUCCUCUUUAAAUAACAACAAACAACAAUAAUAGUUUCAGAUCCAGUGAAUAAACGAAGACAAAAAAAAAAACAAAAAAUGGAGAAGAUGAACCAUGCGUUUGAGAAAGUGAAAAUGCUAGUGGGAAUGGAUGUUGAAGACGAAGAAUCAGAAGCAGCUGCAACUGGUGAAAAUAACAGCUCUUUCGCUUUUAUGGACGACUUCAAUCGCCAAUGCACUUUGUCCACCAAACAGAGGUUGUAUGGUUUUGCCAUAUGCUUGUCAGCAGGUUUAUUUUGUACGCUACUGUCAAUGCUUGUUUUCUUUAAUCCAAUCAAGUUCGGGAUCACAUUCACAUUUGGGAAUUUGCUUUCACUUGGGAGCACAGCAUUCCUAAUCGGCCCAAAAAGGCAGGUGACAAUGAUGCUUGAUCCUGUUCGUAUAUAUGCUACAGCCUUAUAUCUUGCAAGUAUAAUUAUUGCUUUAUUUUGUGCUCUCUAUGUUCAUAACAAGCUAUUGACACUUAUAGCAAUCAUUUUAGAGUUUGGUGCACUAAUUUGGUAUAGCUUGAGCUACAUCCCAUUUGCAAGGACUAUGGUCUCCAAGGUGAUGGUAGCGUGCUUUGAUACUGAAUUUUAGGCUGAUAUAAAUUGAGGAUGCUAGAUAAAUCCAUUGAAGAAGAGUGUGAUUCAUCAACUACCUGUGCAAUCUUUCAGCUGUUUAUCACGUAGAGGGAGGUUAGUCCACAUCAGAUGUAUCAUCAGUCUAUCAUGAAAUGUUUAUACAAUAAUAGUUUUCUAUAAUCCAAAUUUUGUGUCCUAUAAUUUUUUUUUUUUUCUUUUCUUUUGACGCCUCUUGUGUUACCAUGAGAAAUCUGCUUUGGCCAUGUUAAUAGAAGUUGGCCUGUUCUGUACAAUUUGAGUUGGAUGGAGUCAUGCUGGGUUUAUGUUUCUUACUGAGAAAUAAAUAUUGACUUGAAUUCUUA